AUGAUGCUAAGACGGCGUGAUGUAGAGCAAUGGAUGAGCCAUAGACGGUUGCCAGAAGAGAUAAGAAAGAGGGUGCAAGAGACAGAAAGAUUCAGGUGGGCGGCUAGCAGAGGAGUCAAUGAAGACUUGCUUCUGGAGGUUAUGACGGAUGACCUCCGAAGGGACAUAAAGAGACAGCUAUUCUUAUUCCUAAAGGAGGUAAGAAUAUUCUCGUUAAUGGAUGAAUGCAUCUUAGAUUCGAUACGUGAGAGGCUGCGACAGAAGACAUACAUAAGGGGUAGCACUGUCUUGCACCGACGUGGCCUAGUGGAGCAAAUUAUUUUCAUAGUAAGAGGUGCGAUGGAGAGCAUUGGAGAAGACGGUUACGUUCUUCCUUUAUCAGAAGGUGAAGAACUACUCACUUGGUGCCUCGAACGCCCUGCAGUAAACCCCGAUGGGACGAAGAUAAGAAUGCUGUCGAAGGGAUUCCUUAGCACCAGAACUGUUAGGUGCGUGACAAACGUGGAGGCAUUUUCGCUAAGUGUAGCAGACCUUGAGGACGUAACGAGCUUGUUCUCGAGAUUCCUUAGUAGCCAUCGAGUCCAAGGAGCCAUUAGGUACGAGUCUCCUCAUUGCAGGCUACGAGUAGCUAGGCACAUUCAAGUAGUUUGGAGAUACAGGAAGAAACGGCUCCAGAAAUGA